GAGGGAGAUGCAGAUCAGAAUGACAGGAGAUGUGGAGCAGCAGCAACAGCAGCAGCAGCAGCAGAGAGGGCAGCAGACCCAAUUCAUAGUAUUUGCUCGUUAUUCACCGCAGAUCUGCGCUCCACAGGCAACCGUACUCUGAACUGAACCCUCUCUUUUUCUCUUUCAAUCUGAACUCUUGCGUGCGCUCCUUCACCAUUUUCCCGUUUGAAACCCCAAGUUUGAAACCCUCUGCUGGUAACAGGCUGGAAAAAUUAAGGAACUACAUUUUUUUGCGCGUCCCAGUAUCGCUUAUCUGAAAUAAAAAAAUAAAUAAAUAAAUAAAAAAGCACGGCCAAGAUGAUGAUGAUCAUCGCGGAGUUCUUCGUGGUUAUCUUGAAGGUGCUCUGGGCGUUUGUGACAGCCGGGGCCAAAUGGGUCGUGCGACCCAAGGAGAAGAGCGUGGCGGGACAGGUGUGCGUGAUCACCGGGGCUGGGAGCGGCCUCGGGCGGCUGUUCGCCAAGGAGUUCGCCCGGCGACGAGCGAUCCUGGUCCUGUGGGACAUAAACAGCCAGAGCAACGAGGAAACGGCGGAGAUGGUGCGGCAGAUAUACCACGAAACGGAGACUCCCAUCGCAAAAGACGGACCUGUUGGAGGAGUAGAGGAAGUCCCUGCUUUUCAGCCUCAGGUCUACACCUAUGUGUGUGAUGUGGGCAAGCGUGAGAGUGUGUAUUCCACGGCAGAGAAGGUGCGGCGAGAUGUCGGAGAGGUGGACAUACUGAUCAACAACGCUGGCGUGGUCUCAGGCCACCACCUGCUGGAGUGCCCUGACGAGCUGAUCGAGCGCACCAUGGUGGUCAAUUGUCACGCACACUUCUGGACCACCAAGGCAUUUCUCCCCAAGAUGCUGGAGCUGAAUCAUGGACACAUUGUGACUGUUGCCAGCUCCCUCGGUUUAUUCAGCACAGCUGGAGUUGAGGAUUACUGUGCCAGCAAGUUCGGUGCCAUUGGGUUUCACGAGUCCCUGAGCCACGAGAUUAAAGCCUCGGAGAAGGACGGCAUCAAUAUGACCCUAGUGUGCCCUUACCUGGUCAACACGGGAAUGUUCAAAGGUUGCAGGAUAAGGAAGGAGAUUGAGCCUUUUCUGCCUCCCCUGUCGCCGGAGUUUUGUGUGAAGCAAGCCAUGCGAGCCAUCCUUACCGAUCAGCCAAUGGUCUGCACGCCUCGCAUCAUCUACAUGGUUAACUUUAUGAAAAGCAUCCUUCCCUUCGAGGCCAUCGUGUGCAUGUACCGGUUCCUCGGUGCUGACAAAUGCAUGUACCCUUUCCUAGCUCAGAGGAAGGAGGCGAUGAACAACAAUGAAGCAAAGAACGGGAUCUAGGGGGGAGUGUUUACAAGCAGGGAAGUUAUACCUGCAAGCAUUUGGAAACAACCACUGAAGACGAAAGACGGGGGAAGGUGAAAAGAAGAAAAAGACUGAAUCUAGACUGGUGCACUUGCAUUGAGCAAAUGCAAAGAUUUACCAUAUUGUUCCUCUGGAACAAAAAAGCUGCGUACUACACAAAGGAUUUAUUUGAGGUUUUGUUUUUCAUAGAAAUCAACAUCUAUAUACUAUCACUAGGUUUGAAAUCAUACAAAAAAAGGUAUCCAGUAAUUAACUAUUUACAUAAUGUAGUCACCAGCCUUAUCUAGUGUCAUUGUGGAAAUAUACAGUAUGUUACUGUACAAACAGUAAUCUUUUUUUCACUUAUUUUAUUUUUGUAGACAUGCACUGUAAUUUCUAAAUUUUAUAAUGUAAAUUCAGAUUUGCUUUUCCCCACACUGCCAGUGAUAUUUGUGUAGAUUUAACACAAUUGUUUCCAACUAGCCCACGUUUUCUCAUGCAGAGGUUCUUUCUCAGUCCAGUUUACACAGCUACGAUUCGUGCUGGUGUGCCAUUUUCAAAAUAAAGUGAGGAAAGCAUUCCACACAUUUACCAUCUUUCAUUUUUUUUUCUUGCCUGAAUAUGUAAUUUUAGAUACAUGUAGCAUAGUUUGACUUUUUAAUUGCAUUCCGAAUGGGACUCAGUGGCCGAGUUGUUAAUGACCUUUUUGGAGUAUCCAAUAUUAUGAGUCAGUCUUUGCUGUUCUGAUAAAGCGCUCAUAUGGAAAGUGAACAAGAAAUUCACUGUCCUGGGCUGAACUAGCAUGUGACUGAUAACAGAAUGCAUCGUUUGAAGAAAAAUCGAGGGACAAGGGAACAGGCCUUUAUAUAUACUUUUUUUAUUUGUGUCCAUUUUUAGGUGUUGUUCAUAUUGUAAAUUUAUAUUUUGAACAAUAUUGUUAAAAACUAACUCCAGUUGAAGUUACUGUCCUGACACUGAGUUGUUGAGGGAACUGUAAUAAUGAUGCAAGGGUUUUACUCCUCCACGUCCACCAGAAAAGAUAAACAAACGUAUAAUUGUCUCCGACAUCCUUCUGACCAGUUAAAGUGAAAUGUAUGUCUAAAUGUUGUUAACCUUUGCCCAAAUGAGUGUUCCCAACAUAUUUGAUGUAUGAAUAUUUUAUAUACUUUAUAUAUUUUUUGCUUUGAAUGUCAAAUACAAUACAUUCCAAUAGGCAUCAUUCCCUCAGUCAAAGUGAUGAGCCUAAAUUCUCUACCUCUUAAUUUUUGCCUUCUUAUUUUGUUUGACAGUAUAACAUAAGCCUCUUUUUGUAAUAUUCAAAAAAAAUAAAAAAAAGCUCCAUAGGAGAGCAAAUGUGGUUCCAAUGUUUAGUGUGUCUACCUAACUUAAAUUAAUAAAGUGAUUUAGAUUGUUA